GUUCACAAACAUUUUCAAACUAUAAACCUCCCAUUAGAACCUCUCAAAGCUUGAAUUACAAUCCUUUCAAUUCAAUCCCCUUUCUACAAAAUUUUAAAAAAACCCAAUAAAUCUUCCGUCCAUUUCAGAAAAACCCAAAAUCCAAAGUGAUGAACAAACUAAGCAACUCAGUGAUCGGACUCCUGAACUUCCUAACGCUCUUAGCCUCAAUCCCCAUCAUCGGCGGCGCCCUAUGGAUGGCUCGGAACAGCACGACGUGCGAGGGGUUUCUGCAGACGCCGCUGCUGGUGGUCGGCUUUGUGGUGCUCGUCAUUUCGCUGGCGGGGUUCGUGGGGGCCUGUUUCAAUGUAGCUUGGGCGCUCUGGCUCUAUUUGUUCGUCAUGUUGCUGCUCAUUGCCACGCUCUUGGGCCUCACAGUUUUUGGGCUUGUUGUGGCCAGUAAAGGCGGCGGCGGCGGCGAGCAUGGGCUGGGGGAUUACUCGACGUGGCUAAGGAAGAGAGUGGAUGAUCCUCGGAAUUGGGUCACUAUUAGAAGCUGUAUUUUGGGGUCUAAUACUUGCAAUCAACUUCCUUCUUCGACUCCUCUUAAUUACUUGCAAAGGGACAUCACUCCAAUUCAGUCGGGCUGCUGCAAGCCGCCGGCGUCAUGCAACGAGAACGGUCAAGACCCCGAUUGCUAUCGGUGGAACGGAGCGCCCAACGUGCUGUGCUUCGAGUGCGACUCGUGCAAAGCAGGUGUGCUUGAGACUGCAAGGAAAGACUGGCAUAAGCUCUCUAUUCUCAAUGUUGUGAUACUCAUUUUUUUCAUUGUCGUUUACUCCAUCGGUUGUUGUGCAUUCCGAAACGCCAAGCGAGCUGAAGAGAAUUAUGCAUACGGCGAGAAUCAUAUGACCAAAAUCGGACCCAGACGGGAUCACAAGAUGUGGAGAUGGUUGGAGGACAGGAUGGAUCGUUACUAACAGUGGAUAUGUCAUUUUAUAUUGCUAUUUAGUAUCGUAAAGUUAGAAAAUUAAGCGGUUUUUGGAUUGAAAGCGAAAGGGAAGGGGUGUUUUCAGGGCUUUCUUUUUAUGCACUUAUCUUAAGAUGCUUUAAAGUACAUAAUGAACUCUACUUUUUAUCCUAA